AUGACGUCAUCGGCAGCGGCGGCCUCGGCCUUGCGAAAAUUACAGGUUCGGGAGACACAUUUUCCCUCUCCAGUCCUUGAUGUGGCCGCGGGGGGAGAGGACUUCGCUUCGGCGCUCUCUUUCGCUGCUGGUGGCUUUCACUUCAUGGUGACACUUAAUGCUGAUGAAGAGACCUUUGAGAACGGAGGCGGAGACCGGAGACCUGAGAUCAGAGAGAGCUCCGGUCCAGCCCAGGGAGCAGCUGCAGCACCGCGUUGCAAUAUCAACUCCAACUCUUUGCUCAUUCUGACGGGCCAAAUCAAGAUCUGGUUCCAGAACCGCCGCUCCAAGUACAAGAAGCUGAUGAAGGCGGCGCAGAGCGGCAGCGGGCCCAGCACCCCCAUGGGCGCCCCCAUCACCCCCGGCUCUCCUCUCGGGGGCUCGCCGCUGGAGGGGGCGUCCCCCCUGGGCCAGCCCCUCCCGUCGUCCACGCCCCAGAGCAUCUCGCCGGCCCCGCCCACCGCCCAGAGCCCGCCCUCGACGCACCCCUACACCAGCAUGGCCCCCGUCUCGGCCGCCGCCCACGGCACCUCCUCGUCGUCGCAGGGGCCCUCCCCCUCGGGCGGCCCCGCGCCGUCCCAGCAGCAGCAGUCGGGGAGCCAGCAGGGGCAGCAGGGGCAGUCGGGCCAGGGGCACACGCCCUCGUCGCAGGCGUCGGCGGUGGGCGACCACCUCCCGCCGCCGCUGCCCGCGUCGCUGCCGCCCUCGGCGUCCUCCCCGGGCCUCGCCGCCCACCACUGGGACAUGAAGCCGCCCGUGUCCGCGCCCUACAUGUACUCGUGGUACGCCGCCGACGCGCAGCACAACCUGCUCACCUAA